AUGGCAUUCUCCAAGAUGUGGGCUACUCCGAAGAGGAGGCGCGCUGAGCCCGAGGAGCAGCACGUGUUCCGGCCCGAGUGGACCCAGCGCUACUUGGUGGUGGAGCGGGAUGACGGAGAGGGGGCCGAAUGUCUGGUGUGCCGCCGGCCCAUCGUGGCCACCCGCGAGCGCGAUGUGCGGCGCCACUAUGAAGCCGAGCACGAGCACUAUGAGGCGUAUGCGGCGGGCGGGGAGCGCGCGGCGCUGGUAGAGAGACUGCGGCGCGGGGACGCGCUGGCGGCUGCCGCGCUGUCCCGAGAGGAGCGGGCGGUGCGCGCCAGUCUCGGGGUCGCGCACCUGCUGGCGCUCCACGGGCGGCACUGGUUCGAAGGCGGGCUGAUACGCCGCUGUCUGGAAGCCGUGCUGCGGGAGGCGCUUCCCGAGCACUGCCGCCUGCUGGACGAGGUCGACCUGUCCCCCGAGAGUGUGGCGCAGAAGACCCUCGGCCUCGCCCGCAACCUGCACGCGCAGCUGGCGGCGCGCGGCCCCACCUUCCAGGCCUAUUCGCUCGCGUUCGAUGACCAGGCGUUCGUGGGCGUUGACAACCGCCUGUUGGUGUUCGUGCGUGGCGUGGACCAAGACUACGAGGUAGACGAGGAGCUGCUGACCGUAGUGAAUCUGGCGGGGCAGCCGGGCGUGGAGCACAUCAUCCGCGUCCUGUCCGACGCCCUGGCGCGCACCGGCCUGACAUGGGACAAGCUGGUGGGCGUGGCUUCCACGGGCACCGACUGGCUCUGCUCCGAAGAGAAAGGCUUGGUGCAGUUGGUACAGGAUCGCGCAUCGCGGGCGCGCGGGGGCUUGGGCGGGGGCUCGCCUCUGCCGCAUUGCGCGGGCUUGCUGCACAUCGACGUGAUGGGCUCCCGCGAGCUGGACGUGGGCGGGGUGGUGGACGCCGUGGCCGGCUGGCUGGCUCUCAUGCGCACCCGCGGCGUGGCCACCCUCGGCCUCAGGAUGCUGCUGGAGGAGGCCGAGCACCACCACGGCGGCGAGGUCAGCCUCAUGUGCCUGAGCGCCUGGCUCCGCCGAGGCAAGGCUCUCAAGCGCGUCUUCACCCUGCGCCGCGAGCUCGGGGCCUUCCUGGCCACCACGGGCGCCGCCCCCAACGCCGCGCUCCGCGACCCCCUGCAGGACCCCGACUGGCUGUGCGACAUGAGCUUCCUGGUGGACAUGCAGGCGCACCUGGCCGAGCUGGCGGCGGAGCUGCGCGUGCCCGGCAACUUCGCCUUCACCGUCAUGGACCACGUCUGCACCUUCUCCGACAAGCUGCAGCUGCUGCGGGCGCACCUCAGCGCCGGCGACCUCACGCUGUUCCCGGCCAGCCGCGAGCUGUGCGGCGAGCUGGACCACCAAGGCCAGGCGGUCCGCGAGGUGCUGGCGUCCCACCGCUACCAGGAGGGGCUGGCCCGUCUGCACGCCAAGCUGCAGAGGCAGUUUGAGGACCUGUGCGCGGUCAAGCGCGACCUGGACAUGUUCGCGGACCCGUUCAGCUUCCCGGUGGAGAACGCGCCGCUGCACAUCCAGGAGGAGCUGAUCCGCAUGAAGUCCAGCUCGACCCUGCUGUGCGAGUACCGCGAGGAGAACCUGGGCUCCUUCUACGCGGGGCUGCCCCCCGGCUGCUACACCGAGCUGCAGGCGGUCACCUUCCGCGCCGCCUCCCUCUUCGACAGCAGCUGCAUCACCGACAAGGCGUUCACCUACCUCCUGAAGCACCAGACCCGCCUGAGCCAGCUGGGCACCGACGAGCACCUGCACGCCCUGCUGCGCAUCGCCACCAGCAACUUCGAGCCCCGCCUGGAUGACCUGGUGCGGGCCAGGAGCCGCUCCCUGGCCUGA